GCCGGGGCCUGCUCUGAGCGGGGGCUCCGGGGCUCCUUCCUCCUGCCGGAGCAUGAAGAGCGCUCGCAGCAGCUCCUCCUGCCAGGGCGCUGGUGCUGCCGGCGUGGAUCUGAGCCUCACCGGCUUCCCCGCGCCCGUGUCGCGGCGUCCCGGCAGCGCGUCCCCUGCCAAGCCCAUGGCGCGCUCCAUCUCGGUCACUGCCGACAGCAAAGCCAAGAGGAACGCUCCGGAAGAUGCAGGGUCCCGGGCAAUGAACAACCUCCGGAGGUCCAACAGCACCACGCAGGUCAACCAGCGGGUGAACAGCGCGCGCAGCUCCGAGCAGGCAGGAGACUUCCUGACCUUCCUCGAGGGCAGUUCUGGGGGCAGAAGGAAAGGGUCGAGCGUGAGCAAAACCUGCCCGGAGAAGAGAACCACGUGGAACAUCUUGGAUGAUCAACCACGAGCGUUCCCAGGCCCCUCCGGUGCCCGCAGCAUUGAGCCACCAGCAGGCAUGAGGAGGAAAGAGGCCAGCAUGCUCCUGGCAGCCAACUUCACUGCAAACAACAGGAGCAACAAGGGCGCGAUGGGCAACUGUGUCACCACCAUGGUGCACAACAACUACUCCACUACGGAGAAGGGCCCUGCGCCCAAGAGCUCCAACCAGGCACCCAGCUCCCUCAACAAUGUUGUCAAAGCGACCUCCAACGAGGAUGGGGAAAGCAGCUUCGUGAAGUCGCAGAAGAAUUUCUCCAGCAACAACAUCAUGACCCGCAACAACAACAACAGCAGCAGCAGCAGCAGCAGCAGCCUGCCCCGGAGGAAGGAGGUGACCGAGGAGGAGGCAGAGAGGUUCAUCGAGCAGGUGAACCUGGCUGCUGUCACCAUCCAGCGCUGGUACCGGCGCCACUCGCAGCGGCACAGGGCGGCAGCCGCGGCGCUGGGGCGGUUGCUGGCUUCCCAAAGGGAGGGAAGGCAGCAGCACAUGGAGGAAGGGAAUAUCCUGGAUUUGCAGCAGAGGAAGGACGAGGAGCGCCGGCAGAUCCGAGAGGAGAAGGCGCGCCUGGCCCGCCGCGCUGCCAUCCAGGAGCUGCACCAGAAAAGGGCCCAGAAGGCUUUGGAUGCAAAGUGCUUGGCAGAAGAAGAGCUUGCUCUGGUGAAGGAGAGCAGAAGGGUGGCAAAGAAGAAGGCAGCCAAGCCUGCUUCUGCAAGGAACGUCAGCCCAGCCAGCAGUGUCACCAAAGCCAACAAUGCUGGGGCCAAUUUCCAUCCAGGAGCUGCAGAGCCAGAAGAAAGCGGCCCCACAGACCCUGGCUCUGUGCCCUCGCAGGAUCCAGGGGCAGAGGAGAAGGUGCAGGAUGCGAGCUCCAGGGAGAUGGGUGGAGAUGACCUGGAGACGGUGACUGCUGCCAGCAGGUCUCAGUCCAAAGUCACUCUCAAUGAGCUGCUGGACACGCUCAGGCUGUUGGAGGAAGAGCCUGAGCUGCUGCCCCCACCGAAGCUCUUCAAGAAGGACAGAUAUGCCUGGAUAGAUGGGGAGCCCGGCUCCAAUUCCCUGACUGCGGAUAACCUGGAGAAGUUUGGGAAGCUGAACCACUCCCCGGGGGUCCCCGAGGAUGGGGCCCUGCUCUCGGAGGCCAAGCUCCAAAGCAUCAUCAGCUUCCUGGAUGAGAUGGAGAAGUCGGAGCAGGAGAGGCCCCGGUCGGCUGCCUCGGCCACGCAGCGGGAGGGUCUCCUCUCGGAGGAGGAUCUGGCUCACUUGGAGCAGGCUUCGGCUGUUGCCACGGAGGUCACCAGCUCCAUCAUGAGGCUGAAGCUGGAAGUGGAGGAGAAGAAGCGAGCCAUCAGCCUGCUGCAGACCGCCCUGGCUCAGCAGAGGGAACUGAGUGUCCAGCACGUCAAACAGACCGAGAAGGAUCUUGGCCACCAGCUCAGGCUGCAGAGGGAACAGUAUGAGGCAGCUAUCCAGAGGCACCUGGCCUUCAUCGACCAGCUCAUCGAAGAUAAGAAGGUGCUGAGUGAGAAGUGUGAGGCCGUGGUAGCUGAGCUGAAACAAGUGGACCAGAAGUACGGCAAGAAGAUCACCCAGAUGCAGGAGCAGCACGAGCUGGUCUGGCGCACUUUGGGCCCCUUUUCCCAGGAGCUCAAGAAGCUGAAGGAGCUGAUGAGCGCAACCGAGAAGAUCCGGCGGGAGAAGUGGAUUGAUGAGAAAACCAAGAAGAUCAAAGAGAUCACUGUGAAAGGGCUGGAGCCGGAGAUCCAGAAGCUCAUCGCCAAGCACAAGCAGGACAUCCGGAAGCUGAAGCUGCUGCACGAGGCCGAGCUGCUGCAGUCGGACCAGCGGGCGGCCCAGCGCUACGGCCGGCAGGCAGAGGAGCUGCGGGGGCUGCUGGAGAGGGAGAAGGAGGAGGAGAGCCUGCGGGAGCGGGAGCGCGCCCGGCAGAGAUGUGAGCAGCAGCUGGAGCAGGAGGAGCAGGCCCUGCAGCAGCAGCGGCGCCGGCUCUAUGCAGAGGUGGCUGAGGAGAGGGAGCGGCUCAGCCAGCAAGCAGCCAGGCAGAGAGCAGAGGUGGAGGAGCUGCGGCAGCAGCUGGAGGCCAGCAGCUCGGCCCUCAGCAGGGCGCUGAAGGAGGAGUAUGCCAAGGAGAAGGAGGAGCAGGAGAGGCGGCACCAGGCAGAAGUGAAGGAGCUGAAGGACCGGCUGGAGAUGGAGAAGCAGGCCUGGGAGGCGAGCUACGUGAAGAAGGAGGAAGCCUGGCUGCUCUCCCGGGAGCGGGAGCUGCGGGAGGAGGUGAAAAAGGAGAGGGACAAAGAGAUCGAGCUGGUGAUCCGGCGCCUGGAGGCCGACACGUCCUUGGCCAAGGAGGAGUGUGAGAGGGCAGCAGAGAACCGGAUUAAGAGGAUCCGGGAUAAGUAUGAGGUGGAGCUCCAGGAGCUGGAGAGAUCGGAGCGGAAGCUGCAGGAGCGCUGCAAUGAGCUGAAGGGGCGGCUGGCAGAGCUGGAGGGGGACAGCAUCCGGCUGCAGGGGCUGCUGAAGCACAAGGAGCAGGAGGUGGAGGAGAUCCGCAAGCUGCGGGACGAGCUGGCCCAGGAGCGGGGCAGCCUGGCCGAGGUGAUCCGGCAGGAAUUCAGCGACAGGCUCGUGGGGCUGGAGGAGGAGAACAAGCGGCUCAAGGCGGAGAUGGCGGAGAUGAGAACCCGGCAGCGCCUGGAGCUGGACAGGCUGGAGCAGGAGAAGGACAAAGAGCUGGAGGAGGUUCACAGGAGGGUGAAGACAGCGGUGCUGAGGAAGGAGGAGAGCGUGAGCAGCCUUCGAAGGCAGUACGAGGCAGCCGUGCAGCGAGCCACGCGCCUGGAAGCCCUCCUGGAGCAGCAACGCAAGCAGCUCCUGACCCCCAACUGAGUGCUUGGGUGCAUGGGGCCGGGCCCUCCCUCUGCCGCAGCCCCGUGCCGGUGCUGGUGCCGUGGGCCCUGCCGGGGUGCUCAGCAGCCUCCGUGCGUUCAGGGGUUGUGGUCUCAAGAUAAAUCUGUGCUGGUUUCUACA